UCCUCGUUUUUCCCUCUAUCCUUUCUCUCUCCCGUAAAUAACAUCUUCACCGCCCAGAAACAGAAACUCCAUUUUUAUAUCCCAUUUUCUCAGAGGUCCCGAAUCCUAACCCAAUCCUCUACUCUGGAUAAAAAUGAUAGUUUCCGGGCUCAAGAAAAGGCAGCGGGUGGCCACCACCUCCGCCUCCUCAGUAUUCUUUAACGAUCCCUCCACCGCAGACGUCAUACUCCGCCUCUUCAUUACACCCUCCCCAUUCGAAUCCUCCGCCACCACCACUCCAGAUUCCGACGAAACCUCUUCCAACCACAAAUACGACGACGUUCAGAUCCACCUCCACUCACACAUCCUCCACCGCUCCAAAUACUUCGCCGCCCUCUUAUCCGACAGAUGGCAGCCAACCCACAGCCUUAAGAACAACAGUUCCAAUCUCAAACCCUUAAAUCUCAACCUUGGGGUCCCUUCCUCCUCUGGGUCCCUCCAGUCCCACCUCACCGUUCUCCAACUCCUUUACAGUUCCGAUCUCUCCGGUUCCAUCGAUAGCGCCUCCACCGCCCUCGAUCUCCUCCCCGUCGCCCUCGAGCUCCUCUUCGAGGACUGCGUCAAGUCCUGCGUCCAGUUCCUCGAGGUUGUGCCAUGGACCGAGGACGAAGAGAAGCGAGUUUUAAAUAUAAUCCCAUUUCUGAAGGAGGAAGAGAGCAAGGAACUCCUUGCUAGGGUCUUGCCCGGUCGGAACGAUUCGUGCGACGAAAUGCUCCGAGGCCUGGUGUUGUCCGCCAUUCACAAUUAUCCAAACGUGGCGUUCGUGAAGGCCUUCGUGGCGAAGAUUCUGAGGGAUUUCUCGUCGAUGGAAUCGGCCAAGAGGGUAUUGGAGAGUGCGUUCGAGACGAGCUUGAAGGUCGUGAAGGAGUCGCUGGAGGAGUACUCGAGCCCGGACUUCAGAGGGGAUCAUAACGAGACCGAGGCGAUUCAGAGGCUCAAUCUGCACACGGCGAUGACCAACGGCAGACAUUUGCUGUGGUUGGUGGAGAGGAUGAUCGAACUGAGGGUGGCCGAUACAGCGGUCAAGGAGUGGAGCAACCAGGCGGCCUUCACGGCCGAUUUGCAGAGGGCGUUUCGGGACGAUGCGUGGAGGAAUAUCGUGCCAGGGUUACCGGCUGUUGUGCUGAGAUGCACCUCUAAGCUCGCUAAUGCUGUCGCUGCGGGCAACAUUUUGGCCACCAGACAGUUGGUUCUGGAUCUUGAGCACUUAGAUUUGGGCGAAACGCGGACCAGUUGGUAAUAGGACCGGACCUUAUUGUUCUAUUGGAAUUUGGAAUCGCAUUGAACACACAAGGAUUAUUUUCUAGAGGAUAGACUGCUGUGGAUGCCAGAUUAGAUGGUUAAUGACUCAUUCCAUAUGAUGAGUGUUCAGUGCGUUAGUUUCUGAUCGAAUUUCUACGAUAUCUCGACCACCAAUAUCAUAGGCUUUGUUGAUGACGGGAAUGCAUUUUGCCUGGUGAGUUUGACUGAUUGUGGAACUAGUUCUAUUUUCACUGUGGAUUUGGUUCCCAUCUCUUUUUUCGUGUUUCUGGAGGAAAAAUAACAGCAAACAAGAGGGCUACAUGUAAAUGCUAAAGAGUUAUUUGGAACGAAGGGAAAUGUUUGAGGAGCUAAAAGCCUAAAACCCUAUUUCCUUAAAUUUGCAAAGACAUGUGAGAAGUUAUGGACCUCUAACCACUUUCAUGGCCAUUGGCUGAGGUUUUUUAUUUCUGUUUGUCAUUCUUUUUAAGACCAUGUCAUGUGUUCUUACACCAGUUUCUCUACCUAAAUGAAAAACGACACCUUAACCUUAAAUAUUUCAAACUCCAAGAUGGCAGGUAGAUGGAUUAACUAAACUAAACUAAA